AUGGCAAAUACAGGCUUGUUGCCUUUUGUACGAGGAGUGGAUUUCACAUGUAAUGAUUUUAGUGAUGAUAAAUUUCCUGAUGCCAUUCGGUAUAUGACUGGACUUCAAUGGCUAAGACUUGAUAAAACAAAUCUAGCAGAUAUUCCAGAAGAGUUGGGAAAGCUAAUGAAAUUGGAAAAUUUAUCUUUAAAAAAGAAUAAUCUGGAAAAGUUAUUUGGCGAACUAACUGAACUGAAAUGCUUACGAUCAUUAAAUGUAAGGCAUAACAAAGUAAAAAGCUCAGGAAUUCCUGCAGAGCUUUUCCGGCUUGAAGAGCUUACUACUCUGGACUUAUCUCAUAACAGACUCAAGGAAGUUCCUGAAGGUUUGGAUAAAGCAAAGUCACUUCUCGUCUUGAACCUCAGCCAUAAUAAGAUUGAGAGUAUUCCUCCAACACUAUUUGUUCAAUUGACAGAUCUUUUGUUUCUUGAUUUAUCAAACAAUUUGUUGGAGACUCUUCCCCCUCAGACUAGAAGAUUGGCGAACCUACAGACUCUUAUACUUAAUGAUAAUCCUCUAGGACUAUUUCAGCUGAGGCAGUUACCCUCACUUCAAAGUCUAGAGACGUUGCACAUGCGCAACACACAGCGAACCCUUGCCAAUCUACCGACAUCACUUGACACACUCUGCAAUUUGUCAGAUUUAGAUCUUUCGAAGAAUGCGUUGACUAAAGUACCUGAUGCACUGUACUCACUGCAAAGUCUUAAAAGACUGAAUCUUAGUGACAAUGAGAUAACUGAGGUUUCUUCAGCAAUGGACAUAUGGUUGAAGUUAGAAUGUCUGAACCUUUCCCGAAAUAAACUGACAUCGCUGCCAGCUUCGCUGUGCAAGCUGCAGAACCUGCGACGUCUGCACGUCGAUGAUAAUCAGCUGGACUUUGAAGGAAUUCCCUCCGGUAUCGGCAAGCUGGGUUGUCUGGAGGUCUUUUCAGCCGCCAACAAUCUGUUGGAGAUGAUACCUGAAGGACUGUGUCGGUGCGGCGCAUUAAAGAAACUUAACCUCAGUUGUAAUAAGCUAAUAACUCUACCAGACGCUAUACAUCUGUUAAGUGACUUGGAAAGUUUACAAUUACAUGGCAACCCUGACCUCGUGAUGCCUCCGAAACCGGUGGAACAACCAAAAGGAGCUGGACUUCAAUAUUAUAACAUCGAUUUCUCACUCCAAGCUCAACUACAGUUGGCCGGGGCGGCCACUGCAGAACCUACCACUCCGACCAGCGUGAAGUCGGACCCGCUGGCGCGCAAGCUGCGGCUGCGGCGCGGGCGCGGCGCGGAGGGCGAGGCGGAGCAGCGGGGCUCCGCGCUCAUCCUGCGCGGCAUGCGCGAGCAGGCCAGCGCGCCCAGCGACCCGCCCGACCAGCGCACCGCCGAGCUCAAACCAAAACGUUGGGAUGAGAGUUUAGAAAAACCUCCGUUAGACUACUCCGAAUUUUUCGACGAGGACACGGGACAGACGCCGGGCUUACAAGUUUGGGAAAUUGAGAACUUCAUACCAGCACCUGUUGAUGAGGUGGCGCAUGGUAAGUUCUUCGAGGGCGACUGCUAUAUUAUAUUGAAGACGUCAAUAGAAGAGCAAGGGCAGCUAUCUUGGGAUAUUCACUUUUGGAUUGGAUCUAAGGCUACACUGGACAAGGGCGCGUGCGCGGCGAUGCACGCGGUGAACCUGCGCAACCUGCUGGGUGCGCGCCGCACGCAGCGCCACGAGCAGGGUGACGAGACGCCCGACUUCAUGGCGCUGUUCCCCACGCCGCCCGUCUACAUACAAGGCAGCCGCACGCCCUCCGGCUUCUUCACCGUCGACGACCCGCAUUACGUGACGCGUUUGUAUCGAGUGCACGGCGCAGGCAGCAGCAUCCACUUGGAGCCGGUGCCGGUGAGCGCUGAGUCGCUGGAUCCGCGCUACGUCUUCAUACUCGACACCGGCCUCACUAUUUAUCUCUGGAUUGGCAAAAAAGCGAAAAAUACGCUGAAGUCAAAAGCCCGCCUCUUUGCGGAGAAGAUAAACAAAGAGGAGCGCAAGAACAAAGCGGAACUGAUUACCGAGCCGCCGGGUAAGGAGCCCCGUAGUUUCUGGAAGACACUGGGCUACGAGGGUGAGGAGCCCUUCGUGCCAAAGGAGCACGUGGCGGAGCCGUACAGCUGGGCGGCGCCGCGGCUGUACCGCGUGGAGCUGGGCAUGGGCUACCUGGAGCUGCCGCAGCCCGACGCCGCGCCGCUGGCCCGGGAGGUGCUCGCCACGCGCAACGUCUACAUCCUCGACGCGCACCUCGACGUCUUCGUCUGGUUUGGCAAAAAAUCGUCUCGGCUGGUACGCGCGGCGGCGGUGAAGCUGGCGCAGGAGCUGUUCAACAUGGUGGCGCGCCCGCCUCACGCGCUUGUCACUCGCCUGCAGGAGGGCACCGAGACACAGGUCUUCAAAACAUAUUUCCAAGGCUGGGAAGAAGUGAUUGCAGUGGACUUCACCCGCACGGCGGAGUCAGUUGCGCGAACCGGUGCCGAUCUCGCCAGUUGGGCCAAACAACAAGAGACCAAGACGGACCUAUCGGCGCUGUUCACGGCGCGGCAACCCGCCAUGGGCCCGGCCGAGGCGCAGGCGCUGGCCGACGAGUGGAACGAGGACAUGGAGGCCAUGGAGGCCUUCGUGCUCGAGGGCCGCCACUUCGUGCGCCUGCCCGACCACGAGCUCGGCGUCUUCUACAGCCACGACUGCUACGUAUUCCUGUGCCGCUACGUGCUGCCCGCAGAGGCGGAGGAGGAGAGCUCCGGGUCAUGGUGCGAGGGCGACGGCGGGGGCGGGGACGGCGGGGGCGGCGCGGAGGGCGAGGCGGCCACAUGGGUGGUGUACUUCUGGCAGGGCCGCAAGGCGCCCAACAUGGGCUGGCUCACGUUCACGUUCGGGCUGGAGCGCAAGUUCAAGCAGCUGUGCCGGCGCCUGGACGUCGUGCGCACACACCAGCAGCAGGAGAGCCUCAAGUUCAUGGCGCACUUCCGGCGCCGCUUCAUAAUACGCGACGGCAAGCGCAACCACCACCCGGAGGGUGAACGACCACCAGUGGAACUAUUCGAGUUGCGCACCAACGGUUCAGCACUUUGCACACGCCUCGUGCAAAUAAAGGCGGAUGCCUCCCAACUCAACAGCGCAUUUUGCUACAUCCUGAACGUGCCGCUAGAGGGCAGUGGCGACGCGGCGUCGGCGAUCGUGUACGUGUGGAUCGGGAGCCGCAGCGACGCGGACUCCGCGCGCCUCAUCGAGCUCAUCGCCGAGGAGAAGUUCAACAACCCCUGGGUCAGCCUCCAGGUUCUAACGGAGGGCAACGAGCCGGAUAACUUCUUCUGGGUGGCGCUGGGCGGCCGAAAGCCGUACGACACAGAUGCGGACUACCUCAACUAUACUCGCCUCUUCCGCUGCUCAAACGAGAAGGGCUACUUCACUGUAUCAGAGAAAUGUACAGAUUUCUGCCAGGAUGAUUUAGCUGACGACGACAUAAUGAUACUGGAUAACGGCGAGCAGGUGUUCCUGUGGCUCGGCGCCAAGUGCUCCGAGAUCGAAAUCAAACUUGCCUACAAAUCCGCUCAGGUGUACAUCCAACACAUGAAAGCAAUGCAACCAGCGCGGCCUCGGAAACUGUUCCUCACGCUGAAAGACAAAGAGUCGCGCCGGUUCACCAAGUGCUUCCACGGCUGGGGCGAGCACAAGAGGCCUCCUGAGUAA